AUGUCUCCUAUUGCUCAUGCCGGUGCCGGCGCCGCCUCCAAGGAUGUUAAGAAGGAAUCCGCCACUGCUCGUCUCCUCGGUUCCGGCUCUGCUGGUAUCGCCGAGCUGAUGGUCUUCCACCCCGUCGACACUACGGCAAAGCGAUUGAUGAGCAACCAGAGCCGGAUCGCCGGUGCCAACGACUUCAAGAAGGUCGUCUUUAAGGAGUACGCUGAUGCGUCCGUCGGUCGCAAGUUCACCUCGCUUUUCCCCGGUCUGGGUUACGCUGCGGGUUACAAGGUUCUUCAGCGUAUCUACAAGUACGGUGGUCAGCCCUUCGCCCGCGACUACCUUGCCAAGCACCACGGUGCCGACUUCGACAAUGCUUUCGGAAAGGGCACUGGCAAGGCCAUCAUGCACGCAACUGCUGGCAGUUUGAUCGGCAUUGGAGAGAUCGUCUUACUUCCCCUGGACGUUCUGAAGAUUAAGCGUCAAACCAACCCCGAGGCCUUCCGUGGUCGCGGUCUCUUCAAGAUUAUCUCCGACGAGGGUAUGGGUCUGUACCGUGGUGCUGGCUGGACUGCUGCCCGCAACGCCCCCGGUUCCUUCGCGCUCUUCGGUGGAUCCGCCUUCGCCAAGGAGUACAUCUACGGCCUGAAGGACUACAACGCCGCCACCUGGGGCCAGAACUUCGUUGCCUCCGUUGCCGGUGCCAGUGCUUCGCUGGUUGUGUCCGCGCCUCUUGACGUGAUCAAGACCCGUAUCCAGAACCGCAACUUCGAGAACCCCGAGUCAGGCUUCCGCAUUGUGUCGAACAUGAUGAAGAACGAGGGCCCGACCAGUUUCUUCAAGGGUCUGACCCCCAAGCUGCUGAUGACCGGUCCCAAGCUGGUCUUCAGCUUCUGGCUGGCACAGACUCUGAUCCCUGCUUUCGGCCAGGUUGUAUAA